GAGCCAGGGAAGUGGGGAAGGGAUCAUUGUGUGCUGUUGGGCUGGGGGUGAGGACACAAAGAUGCCUGGGACUCAUCACUCCAAAUUUGGGGCCUGGGGCAACUUCUGGGCCACCAUGACCCUAUUGGGCCUAGCUGUGCAUAACGCCCAGAAAGCACAUGUCGCCGGGGAAGCAGCAGAUGCCUCUAUUAACCACUCCUUGAUGAUGCUCCAGCGCUUGCAGGAGUUACAACAGCUGGGCAAUGAGAGCGACACGGUGUUGCGGGUGCAAGCCGCAGGUACGGAUGAAGUCCACAUCUUCCAUACUCACCGGCUGCUCCUGGGUCUGCAGAGUGAGGUAUUCCAGGGACUACUAUACAACCAAAGUGAGGUGACAUUGCAGGAGCCCAGGGAUUGUGCUGCUGUCUUUGACAAAUUUAUCAGGUACCUGUACUGCGGGGAGCUGUCCCUCCUGAUGUCUCAGGCCAUCCCCCUGCACAGACUGGCCAGCAAAUACGGCGUGGCUUCCCUACAGCAAGGCAUAACGGAGUACAUGAAGUCACACCUCGUGGGGGAGGUGGGGGGGCCCGGCCCGGCCGUGGGGUGGUACCACUAUGCGGCACGAACAGGCAACGAGGACCUGAGAGAGAGCUGCCUCCAGUUCCUGGCUUGGAACCUGUCGGCAGUGGUGGGGAGCUCUGAGUGGGGGGAGGUGACCCCGGAGCUCCUGGCCCAACUCCUGGAUCGCUCUGACCUGGUGCUCCAAGAUGAAUUAGAACUCUUCCAGGCCCUGGAAGUCUGGCUGGACCGAGCCCGCCCUCCCACGCCUGUGGCUGAGCAGGCCCUGAGAUCCAUCCGCUACCCCAUGAUCCCCCCGGCCCAGCUGUUCCAGCUGCAGGCCCAGUCGCCGGCACUGGCGCGUCACGGAGAGGCUGUGGGGGAUCUCCUCCUGCAGGCCUACCAGUUCCACUCAGCCUCUCCCCUCCACUACGCCAAAUUCUUUGAUAUCAAUGGCAGCGCCUUCCUGCCUCGCAACUACCUUUCCUCGGCCUGGGGGGCCCUCUGGGUCAUUAGCAACCCCGCCAGGGAUGACCGGAGCACGAGCUUCCAGACGCAGCUGGGCCCCAGCGGGCACGACGCGGGCAGGCGGGUGACGUGGAACGUCCUGUUCUCCCCACGCUGGCUGCCCAUCAGUCUGCGGCCCGUCUACGCCGACACGGCCGGGGCCGCCCUCCCAGCGGCCCGCCCUGAGGACGGGCGUCCCCGCCUGGUGGUGACCCCGGCCAGCAUCAGCGGGGACGCCGCCGGCGUCAGCUUCCAGAAGACGGUCUUGGUGGGGGCUCGACAGCAGGGCCGGCUCCUGAUCCGCCAUGCUUACAGCUUCCACCAGAGCAGCGACGAGUCUGGGGACUUCCUGGCCCACACUGACCUGCAGCGGCGCAACUCCGAGUACUUGGUGGAGAACGCCCUUCACCUGCAUCUCAUCAUCAAGCCCAUCUACCACAGCCUCAUUCGGACCCACAAGUAGGGGGAAAGACGACGGGAAGGAGGGAAGGAAAAAGGGAAGGCUUCUCUGACUCCCCAGGAUGAGAACAUUAUGAAUGGCAGGGACAUAAGCAGCUGACCUUCUGGAACGGUGGCCAGACACAUGGCCCAAGGCCUCUGAAUGGGGCACUAAAGGCAUCUCCAAGGGAGCUAGGACCCCUCUUUGGAGCCUGGUGUAGAGCAGGGCUUCUUAAACUUUUCCAUAUAAGACCCCUUUUCACAUGAGAAAUUUUUAUGUGACCCCAGAUAUA